AUAGACGCAGUGUCUAAAGCCACAGAAAGAGAAAAGGGUGGGACAGAGACGAGUGAGAAAGCUCCAUUUUCAUGGAUUCAGAGCGCGAAAAUCGAAAGUCUAACUGGUCCAAUCUCACACUGGUUUGCCUCAUAGAUAUAUUCUCUAAGCUUACUUUUGAGGAGAGAUGGACGGGUCCCAUGCUUGUUUGCAAGUCUUGGUUCUCAGCUUGUAAGGACCCUUCUUUCUUCGAAACCCUAGACCUAGAGCCCUUCUUCAAAGACAGGAACUAUACCAUUUCAUGGUGGAGUCCACAGUUUGAGAAGAAGAUCGAUUCCAUGGUUCGCUCGGUUGCUUCGUGGAGCUGCGGUGGCCUCAAAGAGAUUCGAAUCAGGCAUUGCUCAGAUGAAGCUCUGGCUUUCGCGGCAGAGAGGUCCCCUGCUCUGCAAGUUAUUUCAAUCAAAAGUUCACCAAAUGUGACUGAUGCAUCAAUUUUCAAGGUAGCAAACCAUUGUAGUUUGCUCAAAGAUCUAGACAUCAGCUAUUGCCACAACAUCUCGCACGAAUCUAUUCGACUUAUCGGUCUCAAGUGUCGGAACCUCACCAUUCUUCGUAGAAACAUGCUGAACUGGUUGGACCCCUCUCAACUCUCAGGUUUAAUUCCUUCUGAAUAUGUCAACUCUGCCCCUCAAUGCGGAGACGAAGAGGCUGCUGUUUUCGCGAAGUUUAUGCCUCGUUUGGAGUAUUUGGAGAUCCAAUUCUCAAGGAUUACACCCAAGGGUCUUGAACUCAUUGCACAAGGGUGCUUGGAUUUGGCCCAACUUGAUCUUUUCGGAUGCGCAAAUUUGACAAGUCGAUCAGUAGAGCAUGCAUGUACGAGCAUGAAGAAUUUGAAAAAUAUUGUGAAGCCCGACUUUUAUAUAUCAAGAUCAGUCUUCCAUGCAGAGAGGUACGGGCAUUGGAGGUUGUAUGAUGAGCGCUUCCAAACAAAUGUUUUCCAGAUAUGAAGAGCCGGGACUCUGCUCUGAAGAUUGCCUUUGAAACUCAUUUCAGGUAACCUGUAAUAAGUGUGUUGAUUGUUUUUGAAAAUAGAUGAAAAAACCCAAUAUAAAUGGUUAUGCAAAGGAGCAGUUACUUAUAAGGUGCUUAUGUUUAUCGUAUACUGUUGAAUGAGUUUUUCGUACUUUGUAUUGAGCUCGUUGGGAUUGAUCACCUAGCUUUGGGUUUUGCUGAAUACUAUCAUUACUUGGAAUCGAGUUGCCUGUUAACUUGGGUGAUUUUUUCCAAGGGUUGUUAAUCAGGUGUGAAUGUAUCAAACUAUAGUAUUGUAAUUUGGAGUGGUUUUUUACUCUCUCU